ACACACUGAACCGCCAUUGAGAGGAAAGGGUCAGAAAAACAGUCCGAUACUGCAGUCGCACGUUUCUCCUGUCCCAACUCUACAGUUAGACUUGCGCUGCUUUUUACGAAGAGUUCAAGCUGUAGUUUAUUUUUGGUGGAUGAUUGUAGUUGGCAUCGGGCGUGUUGUUUCAGGCUCAGACGUGUUUGAGCAGAUUGUACAAGUAACGGGCAGCGGACAGCCUGCUAACAUCGCUGUAACGAGGCUUCUGCUAACGUUUGCUAACCUGGCUAGCGGCACGGAGCACACGGGCUGAGCGCUGCUCGGUGCUGGGCAGGGGGGGCAGUGUGCCUUUAGUGGCGUUUGAUGGAUCCGAGAAUAGCCUGGUUCCAACCAGAACAGCGUGGACCAGCUAACAACCUGUGGAUGCAAAUUUGGGAGACGACACAAGGGCUCGGGUACCUGCAUGUAAAUACCAGCUUCACAUCUGGGUCUCCAAACGGGGCGUCCGGAAACAGUUGCAGAAACUGGGCUCCUAAUUCCAACAGUGGUAUUCCAAUGGAGGACGCAGAAAUAACAGGACAACAAGACUUCAUACCACUAGAAAGCAACAGCAACCACAACCACCGUGCCUCGGGCAGGGGCGGUGUUGGAGGAGUAGGGCAGCUGGGGAGCGGAGUGCUAUGGAGAGGGCUCACAGACGGACUGUCCAACAAAAGGAAAAGGGACAACAAAGCUAGCACUUUUGGAUACAAUUCCAGCCUCCUGCACACUGGCAAUGGCCCUAACACGGGAAGACCCACUGAAUACACGGGCACGCCAUGGAAAGUUCGAAACUACUCUGAAGGAAUUGUAGGGCUACAUGAAGAGAUAACAGACUUCUACAAAUACAUUUCCCCACGACCAGAAGAAGAGAAGAUGAGACUGGAGGUGGUUGACAGAAUCAAAGCAGUCAUCCACGACCUGUGGCCCAGUGCUGAGGUACAAGUUUUUGGGAGCUUCAGCACUGGUCUUUAUCUCCCAACAAGUGACAUAGACCUUGUUGUUUUUGGAAAAUGGGAAACUCUUCCACUUUGGACACUGGAAGAGGCACUUCGGAGAAUGAAUGUUGCUGAUGAGAACUCUAUUAAAGUUUUGGACAAAGCCACUGUACCUAUUAUCAAACUGACUGACUCCUUUACUGAGGUCAAGGUGGACAUUAGCUUCAAUGUUAAAAAUGGAGUUAAAGCUGCUUGUCUUAUAAAGGAAUAUAAAGAGAAAUACCCUGUUCUGCCUUAUUUGGUCCUGGUGCUAAAGCAGUUUCUGCUGCAGAGAGACCUUAAUGAGGUUUUCACUGGAGGAAUCGGCUCGUACAGUCUGUUUCUCAUGGCUGUAAGCUUCCUACAGCUUCACUAUAGAGAAGAUGUAUGUAGUCCCAAUAUCAACAUUGGUGUCUUGCUUAUUGAGUUCUUUGAGCUCUAUGGUCGCAAUUUUAACUACCUGAAAACAGGCAUUAGGAUAACAGAUGGAGGCUGUUAUGUUGCCAAAGAUGAGGUACAGAAGAACAUGAUGGAUGGAUACAGGCCUUCCAUGCUCUACAUUGAAGACCCUCUGCAGCCAGACAAUGAUGUUGGGCGAAGCUCAUAUGGUGCUAUGCAGGUCAAGCAGGCAUUUGACUAUGCGUAUGUGGUUCUCAGCCACGCUGUGUCACACAUUGCCAAGUACUAUCCAAAUAAUGAGACUGAGAGUAUUCUUGGCAGAAUAAUCCGUGUUACUCAGGAAGUUGAUGAGUACCGAGAAUGGAUAAGAAGCAAUUGGGGAAACCAAUGUAAAAAUGAAUUGCCACUUAACAAAAAUGAUGUACUAUCCCAACAACUUGAUGAAUGCAACAACAACGUUCCAAAUGAGGAGGAUGUUGCCCCUCAUAGUAAACAGUCUUCCAACUCUUCUUCACCGUCUCCAUCACUACGCUCCUCUCCCUCGUCCUCUCCUCUGUCACCCACAUCCUCAUCCAGCUCCAGUGAUGCUGACUCUGAUGGCACACCAUGUAAGACUGCUAAACAGCAGCCUUGCCGGAGCUUGGUACCUCACAGAGAAAAGUCUGUCUCUGUAGCUAAUCAUCGAACGAGUCAUAACACUACCACUACAUCUACAAGCAACAAAAGUGGAAAGGCAAGUUACGUUUUACACAAGGUGCAUGGGGCAGUAUGUCAAAAACCUAUCUGUACCCUUUGUUUUACUCACAGGCCAGAGCAUCCCGUCUCCAUCUUAAGAGCGGUCAUCAUAGUCAGAAAGGCUCCCCUGCCAGCACCAAAGCUCAUGAGAGCAGCCGGCCACAGCACCAAGGCAAUAGCAAGAAGAGGAAAAAUGUGAGAGACUCUACACAAGAAGACUUGUUUAGAUAGGGGCCUGCUCUUGACUAACAUGCCUCUGUUACCAGUCUUCUUCAGGAGGUUGUUGAGUUUAUUACAACCUUCCGUAUUGUUGUUCGUUAUGUUUUUGAGGAAGAAAAGCAACAAUUUAAAACAAAGUAAAAAUAACAUUUUAUAAAGAGUAUUUCUUCAAACUAAAAUGAAAUGGAAAAUUGAAGCUCAUUUAGUCAGCACCAUGCCUCUUGCGCCUCCUGCUGUUCAGGAAAUGAUGAACAAGGGGUCUCUUUUUAACUCUGCAACCUGGAACUGUGAGCUUGUUUAUUAAAAAAAAACAGGAUCAAGGCUGACGAAAUGGCAAAUGACCUUCAAAAAAAAACAAAGCUUUUUGAACAGAAACACUGACUACGAUAUUUUGACAUAAAAAGCAAUCAGCACACUUGGGACAACUUGUGCAUGAUAUCUUUCGAUUGGUGAUUUUUUUUUUUUUUUUCUGCAAUGGUUUGUCAAAAAAGUUAAAAUUCCCCCCAAAACAAAAUGUUUCAUAAACUUUUUUACAAAUUAUAUUGAGGGAUGUGAAAACAUGCUCAUAUUUUUUCCACAAAGGGGAAGCUCAUUUCUUUGCCAACAUAAAUCAUCAGCAUCUUUUGCUAACUUCUGGUUUAUUAGAAUGGUUAGCAGUAAGUGUUUGACUGUUAAUACAUUUUCUUUAUAUAGCACGGUACAAUUUCUAAGCACAGACAUAAUGCUUUAUAACUGGGCUCUGGUUUUGUAGGUGCACAGUGACUAUUGCAAGUGACAAGGCAGCUGGGUUUUUUUUUUUUUUUUUUUUUUACCUGAAAAUCCUCCUUAUGUUAAACUGUUCUAAUUGGUGAUCUCAGUGCAUUUGUCAUUUACUCAAGAUGACAGCAUUUUAAGAUAUUACUAAUGUGUGUGGUAUUUGAAUGGUACAUUACUGCCAUAGUUAAAAUAUACAUGCAUUUUGUAUAUUUGUCACUUAAAAAGGUGCCCCCGCUGUAGUAUCAAAUUUUCAUAAUGUUUUUUGCACCUGGGAAUACCUACCUCUAAUUAUAAAUGCAUUCGCCACAUAUUUUCAUUAAUUAUAAGCAAUACUUAAAAAAGAGACUGUGACAUACUGAGAGUAAAAUGUCACUCAAUCAAGAUAUUUUGCUCUGUUUUAGAAAGUGCAUUUGAUGCCCAUGCUGUUGUCUGGCUAUAAUCUGCCAGUUUGCCCGCUGUAAUAGUGCCCAGACUCCGAAAGAAAACACAUGAAACAUGUUGGCAAGAUUUUACAAUUCAUCUGUAAUUUACCUAACAAAUCAUUUGUAUUGUUGAAUAUAUUUAUUUUUUUAAGAAUUAUAUGAACACUUAUAUGUGUAAUAGCGGUAAACUGGUAAAGCUUAAGUCCCGUUUGCUGGAUUGAAAGGUCUGUUGUGGCAUGUAUGCCAAUGUUUUUUUUUGUUGUUUUUUUUAGAUUGUUGAGUGACCAAGUUACUUUUAAGUUUUAAGAGACCAUUUUACAAGUCAGUAUCAGAGUAUCUUGAUGUGGCUGGUCUACUUUAAAGGAAGAUUUUUAAAUUAUACAAAAUGUCUAUCAUAGCAAGUCUCAUUUGUCCAGCACCAGUAAUCUGCAGUACAAAAACUAACCUGUAGAUGGAGCCAUUGGAUCAGUCAACCUUUUAAACUGCUUAGAUCAAUGUUUUUACUUUCCUGAUUUAUAUGCAGCGUGUAAGAUCGGUUUGUAAUAGUGAGUUGGCAGAUGGGGCUGCCGGUCACUUGAAUGUCUGCCCUUUUAAAGGCGGAAGCCUUUAGUUUAAACUGUUCAACUAUACUCAGCAUAUCUUAGAUUUAUCUUCAGCCAUUACAAUUCAUGCAAUAAAAUUGUGCAAUGGAA